UUUCUCAUCCCUUCCCUAUUCUCUUCUCUUGUAUUCACAUUUCAAAAACCAUAACCAUGGCUUUCUCCUCCUCCAAGGCACUUGUCCUAAUUGCAUGCUCCUUCUGCCUAUUUGCGUCUUUGGCUUUUGGACGUGAUUUCUCCAUUGUGGGCUAUUCAUCGGAGGACUUAAAAUCCAUGGAUAAGCUCAUCGAACUCUUCGAAUCAUGGAUGUCAAGGCAUGGCAAGAUUUACGAGAACAUUGAGGAGAAGCUUCUUAGGUUCGAGAUUUUCAAGGAUAACCUAAAGCACAUAGAUGAGAGAAACAAGGUGGUCAGCAACUACUGGCUUGGCUUGAAUGAGUUUGCUGAUUUGAGCCACCGAGAGUUCAAUAACAAGUAUCUGGGGCUUAAGGUGGACUACUCUAGAAGGAGAGAGUCCCCUGAAGAAUUCACUUACAAAGAUGUUGAGUUGCCUAAGUCAGUGGAUUGGAGAAAGAAAGGUGCUGUAGCCCCAGUCAAGAACCAAGGUUCAUGUGGUAGCUGCUGGGCAUUUUCCACUGUUGCAGCAGUUGAGGGAAUAAACCAGAUAGUUACGGGAAAUUUGACAUCACUGUCUGAGCAAGAGCUGAUUGACUGUGACAAAACAUACAACAAUGGUUGCAAUGGGGGUCUCAUGGACUAUGCAUUCUCCUUUAUAGUGGAAAACGGCGGACUCCAUAAAGAGGAAGACUAUCCAUACAUUAUGGAGGAAGGUACUUGCGAGAUGACUAAGGAAGAAACCCAAGUUGUGACCAUUAGCGGGUACCAUGAUGUGCCACAAAACAAUGAACAGAGUCUUUUGAAGGCACUUGCAAACCAACCCCUCAGUGUAGCCAUAGAGGCUUCGGGCAGGGAUUUCCAAUUUUACAGUGGGGGUGUUUUCGAUGGGCAUUGCGGAAGUGACUUGGAUCACGGUGUGGCAGCUGUUGGAUACGGAACUGCAAAAGGGGUGGAUUAUAUCACAGUGAAAAAUUCAUGGGGAUCCAAGUGGGGAGAGAAAGGAUACAUAAGAAUGAGGAGAAACAUUGGAAAGCCCGAGGGAAUCUGCGGAAUCUAUAAGAUGGCUUCUUAUCCCACUAAGAAGAAAUAAGAUUCAUUCCUGGCCUCUAUCACUUGUGUCUCAAUUUCUUUCCUUCUUCUCAUCAAUUCUCUAGUGUCUGCCUAUUUCAGCUUUUCCUUCAAAACAAUGUAACAUUUUCCUUACAAUAAUAAAAAUUUGAUUAACUCUUUUCAUUA